GUCAAACCAUACUGAAGACACACAGGAACUCGAGGAAAAGUUCAAGAAAUGCUCAGGUUCAGAAUCUUGCAUUCCUUUCAAUGCUUGCUGAGAUGUAAAAUGAAACUGAAACUUUAUGUAGCAGUUAGCCAGUUGCUGGUUACUAGUAUAGCGUCAAAUCAAAGAUGAAAGUGAUGAGUUCGUUUCUCAGGAAACACACAUGUGCACACAUACAUGUAGGAUGAAAUGUGUGAAAUGAUACGUGUUGUGUUGUGAUAGCACUGGAGGACUGUUCAUGUGCUCAUGCUGACAUGACACUCACAUUUCACACUCAUGCAGUGUGUAAACCAAGCUGCUCUUAUUCCUCAAAAAUGAAACUUAUUGUAAGAUAUGCAGCAGCAAACAGAUUAUUUCCUUUCAGUAAACACAGGCAUGAUAUCUGUGGAAAUUUGCAGAUCUGAGGUUUAUAAGUGAAAGCCUGACCUGUCAAGUGAUUGUAAACUAAAGCAUAUAUAAAUAAGUCCCCCUGCUCCCACAUCUCAGAGCUCUGCAUCUGCAUCUGACAAAGAGACUGGAACAUGAGCAGUUUCAAAGUAAUCCUUUUAGUCAGCAUCAGCACACAAUGUUUGAUGUGUGCAGCCACUGUGAAUGUGACUGUCCAGCUGGAGCAGAAUAUUACUCUGCCCUGUUACAUUAACUCCAGCUCUGAGAUGGCAUGGUAUCGACUGAGCUCUGAGAAGAUUGCUUUACUCAUAUCUGCAGCAAGAGGAAACCUUCAAAAAAAGGAUUUGAUUACUUACCAUAAUGAGGAUCAAAGUCACUUUGGGCUGGAAGCAAACAGGGGGCCUGACUCCAUCAGCCUAGUCAUCAUUGGGGUCAGAGAGUCAGAUCUGGGGCUGUACUACUGCGCUCUUGGCAUCAGUGCGAAGACAAUGCAUUUUGGGACUGCUAUCAGACUCACAUUUGCAGACGCUGAAGCGAACCGCUCAUCAGUUAGCGUGGGCUGCAGGACACAUCUGCUCUGUGCCUAUGUUGUAUGUGGUUUCUGCACUAUUCUCUGCGUGUGUGUGCUUUGUUUCAAGCAAGGUUCUUCCAGGGUCAACUGCAUCAGCUGUGUGAAAGAAAACUCAAAUGUCAGGGCAGCACAAGUACAGUACUCCAGUCUGCGUUUCCUCAGACAACCCAGAACCACGGCUCCUGCUCCUGCUCCAGUCAACGUGAUCUACGCAACUAUAGCCAACCACACAUCCUGAUUUAUUCAGCUUCAUAUUAAACAGACACAGCUGUAGAUGUCUACUAUACCUUCACCUAUACCAAAGCCUGUGAAAAAAAAAACGAAACUUUUUUUAUAUUGUUUUUGAAGUAAGUUUAUUUUGCUCACCAAGGCUGAAUUUGAUUUCAAUACAGUAAAUAAUGUGACAUUUUUGUUAAAGUUUUCUAUUUGAAUAUAUUUAAAAUAUAUAUUUUUAUGAUUCUUUGAUACAGUAGAUGGAAAUUCCAAAAGAACCGCAUUAAUGUAAAAAUAAAUCUUUUGUAACAUAAACGU